GGUUAAAAAAAAUCAACAUCCGGCGGAAGACGUACAAAGAUGGCGAACUUUCGGCAGACACCGUUAACUUGCAGUGGUCAUACCCGGCCAGUUGUUGAUCUGGACUUUAGCGAUAUAACUCCUUGCGGUUACUUCUUGAUAAGUGCCUGCAAAGAUGGAAAACCUAUGAUCAGACAGGGAGACACCGGUGACUGGAUUGGAACAUUUGAAGGCCAUAAAGGAGCUGUUUGGAGUGCUACUUUAAACAAAGAUGCAACACGAGCUGCGACAGGAGCUGCUGACUUUACCGCAAAAAUCUGGGAUGCAGAGAAAGGAGAUGAGCUGCACACAUUUUCCCAUAGACAUAUUGUGAAGAGUGUGGACUUCAACAGAGCUGGCACCCAUCUUCUUACAGGGAGCAAUGAAAAACUCCUCAGGAUAUUUGAUCUAAACAAGACAGAUGCUGAGCCUUUACAGUUUGCUGGUCACACAUCCAACAUCAGGGCUGCUCUGUUUUCAACUGACGGAAAAAGAGUUUUUAGUGCCUCAGAUGACAAAACAGUCAGGGCUUGGGAUGCAUCAGAUGGCACAGAACUGAAGAGGCUGGACUUUUCUGCUAUUCCUAACAGCUUGGUACUCAGCUCAGAUGGGAAAACUAUUGUUCUCACAUAUGGACAGUUUAUAGCUUUCUACAAUUCAGAGACAUUAGAAAAGAUCAAAGAGUUUGAAGCACCGGCACCAAUCAACUCUGCCUCACUUCACCCAUGUGAGAAAUUCUUUGUUGCUGGUGGAGAGGAUUUCAAAAUGUACAAGUUUGAUUAUGAAACGGGUGCUGAAAUUGAGUCUUUCAAAGGUCAUUUUGGGCCCGUUCACUGUGUGCGGUUCUCUCCUGAUGGCGAGUUGUACGCCAGUGGCAGUGAGGACGGUACUCUGCGUCUGUGGCAGACCACAGUCGGCAAAACCUAUGGGCUCUGGAAAUGCAUAGUUCCUGAUGACAACAACUCAUUUGAUGUCCAGAACAAUACCGCAGAACUCAAAGUUGAGACUUAACCUGAGUUUUGCUACUAUGCUACUUGGAACGGCUUGUAUGACAUCUAGCAAAGGUUUCAUCAGACUCAGAAGAAAGUCCUGUCGAGACAGAGGUGGCUCUCAGGUUUAUUCAAACCGUAACCCGAAGAGAGAGAUGACAGCGUUCAGCCAGUUUUGAUGGUGUCCCUAACAUGGAGGCUACAUUGUUGGCAGUCAGUUUUGAUGUUAAAUGCAUUGCAAUUGGCAUUAUUGAGUGAAGAGUUUCAUUACCUGACACAGGCUGCAGAAGAAAAGUUACAAAAAUGACUGAAUUUUUGCAAACAUAAAAAAUAUUUUUUAAUCUUUAAAGUCCUUUUUUAUUAGCUGUUUAUAGUUGUCAUUGAUUAGUUUCUGUUUAUGUAAGAAUGACAAAUGUACCAUAGGCACAUAGACUGUUUCCAUAUUUCUGGAUUUACAGCAGUCAGCUCCCUCCCUGCUCUGCCAAAAAAAUAGUCUUGGGGUUAGCAGCUUUUGUUACUCAAUUUUAGUGGGAGGCGAGGUGAAUCUGUUGGAAGAUAACUGCAACACUAUAAUUUCUCUUCUACAAGGCUACAUCAUUAAGUUUGAUCUUUUUAUCCUCAGUAGUUGUCCCUCUUGUAUCCUCACUGAUUCACAAUGUCAAAAGGUUUACAGAAUACAAAAUAAAAGGAGGGAACAUAGUUCAGACUUAUAUAUAAUCAAACAGCUGCUGUAAACCAUAGGCAAUAAAAUUUGGGCUUGGAGUCA